CCACGUGCGAUAGUGAUUGUGGUUCUAUUUUUUAUUUGCCAUUAAAUAUGGAUGAAAAUACGCCUACAGUUAGUUUAGUAUCGUGCAUGCACUUUGUGCGACGUGGUGUGGCAAAAGCUAUACCUGAAAAGAUCGAACUAACAGAAAAGGAGUUGGAGAAAAUAAUUAAAAGCACUGCUGAAGAUUUGCGUCUAACGGAACAGGCCGAUGACGAGAGUGGCGAAGAUGGUGAAGAGGGCUCUACUGCUCCCAGAGAUCCACCAGCAGACCCAAAUGAUGAAUUCAACUUUGCUAAUUAUGAUGAAGAAGACAUAAACACUAAUCCCAUUGGCAUUGGAACAGUAGCUACCCUGCCCAAUUUAGGGGAUCUAAGUGAAAAUGUCCAAAUUAAUACUGAAGGUCCAGACAGUGAUGAAGAAGACGACAUAAUUAAGCCCAAUGAUAAUUUGCUACUAGUUGGUCAUGUUGAAAGUGAUGCCAGUAUACUAGAAGUGUAUGUAUUCAAUGAAGAGGAGGGCUCCUUCUACGUUCACCAUGAUCUAAUUCUACCAUGGUUUCCACUGUGCAUUGAAUGGUUAAGCCAUGAUCCAACUGAUCCCAAUCCAGGAAACCUAUGUGCCUUGGGUGGCAUGGACCCAGUAAUACAAGUAUGGGACUUAGACAUAGAGAACUGCCUAGAGCCGGCUUUCAAACUAGGCAAGAAACCAAAUAAGAAGAAAAAGACUAAACGAGUUGGUCAUAAAGAUGCAGUACUAGACUUAUCUUGGAAUAGUAAUUUUAGUCAUGUGUUAGCGAGUGGGUCUGCAGAUAACACAGUACUGCUAUGGGAUUUAGAUCAAGGUACACCACAUACAAAACUCGACUAUUUUCAGGACAAAGUUCAAUCUCUACUAUUCCACCCGCUAGAAGCCCAAACAUUACUCUCGGGUAGUUGUGACGGACACGCAAGAGUCACAGACUGUAGGACGCCCGAGGCCCAUCGCUCGUGGAAGAUGUCGGGGGAGAUAGAACGCGUCGUCUGGGACAGACAGAACCCUUUCUGUUUCGCUAUGAGCAACAAUGAAGGCAAAGUGGCGUACGUCGAUUGCAGACAAAAUGAACCAUUAUGGACUUUGUCCGCGCACGAAAAAGAAGUCACAGGUCUAAUUCUAAGCGAACAAGUCCCCGGCCUCAUGAUCACAGUCGGCACAGACAGUAAAUUGAAAACGUGGGACAUAUCAAACUCGCCUCCAAUGCAAGUAAGCGAGCGCACGAGUCGUGUUGGGCAAGCGCUAUGCGCGGCAGUGUGCCCCGAAGCUCCCUUCUCGCUCGUCAUGGGUGGUGAUAACAAAGAGUGCUUUAUCGAAGUCGUCGACCUCACUAUCAGCGAAGAAGUAAGCAACCGUUUUGGAUCGCGACCGCUAGUUUCUGUGACUACAGAAGCGAACGACAACUCCAUGGAAACCUAAAUACUUUACGUAUUAUAUGAAUUAAAUUUGUUAUUAAAUAAACACUUUAUUAUUACAUUAUUUCGUU